UCGGCAAGUUGACUCAACCAACAGUCGUGGCUUCAAAUCCCCUAUACGACGUCGUAUGGUCUGAGCUUCACUCCACCUGGCCAAUUAGAGAGUGCCCGCGCAUCGGGAGCGUAUAGAAAGUGAUUACGUCACUCUCGUCUCGUGUUGACGUCAUCGUCGUCUUCUUCCUCUUCUUCUCCGCAACAACAAAAUAGCCGAUUCUUUCGUACUCCACUGUCCACUCCCACACUCCCCCAAAAAAAACUCCGAUUCGUCGGCCGAUUAAAUGGCCGACGAGUAUGUCCUCAUUCCAAACGGAGAAGAAGACCAUGCAGUCAUCGCCACCACUACUCCCAAGCCUCCACGUGUCGCCUCCCUGGACGUCUUCCGCGGCCUCUGCGUCUUCCUGAUGAUGGUGGUGGAUUACGGCGGCUCGAUUAUUCCGGCGAUUACUCACUCGCCGUGGAACGGUCUCCACUUGGCUGACUUUGUGAUGCCGUUCUUUCUCUUCAUUGCCGGAGUUUCUCUUGCUCUGGUCUACAAGAGAGUGACUAACAGAGUUGAAGCUACAUGGAAGGCCGUGUUUCGGGCCCUUAAACUUUUUCUCUUAGGUGUUCUUCUUCAAGGUGGUUAUUUUCAUGGAGUGAGUUCCUUGACUUAUGGAGUUGACAUUGAAAGAAUACGGUGGUUUGGCAUUUUGCAGAGGAUAGCCAUUGGAUAUAUUGUUGCGGCUUUAUGCGAAAUCUGGCUUUCACAUCGGACCUCGAGGGAAGUGGGGUUUUUCAGGAGCUAUUACUGGCACUGGUGUGUCAUCUUUUUGUUAUCAGCAAUAUACGCUGGGUUGCUGUAUGGUUUGUAUGUUCCAGAUUGGGAAUUCAAAGCAUCAACACCUACCUCUUUGCCUCCUUCUGAUGAUACUCAUGUUUACGCGGUGAAAUGUUCUCUGAGAGGAGAUCUUGGACCCGCUUGUAAUUCCGCUGGGAUGAUUGAUCGUUACAUUGUGGGUGUUGAUCAUCUAUAUUCAAAACCCGUUUACAGGAACCUGAAGGAUUGCAACAUGUCUACUGAUGGUCGCAUUCCAGAGAGUUCGCCUUCAUGGUGUCAUACUCCUUUUGAUCCUGAAGGUAUAUUAAGCACCCUAACAGCAGCAGUGACUUGCAUAAUUGGACUUCAAUAUGGUCACAUUCUUGCACACAUACAGGACCACAAAGGGCGCCUAAAUAUUUGGUCCCUGUUUUCAGUUUCAAUGUUUGUCCUUGGAUCAUUUCUUGCCUUCAUAGGUGUUCCUGUAAAUAAAUCUCUGUACACCAUCAGUUAUAUGCUAAUUACUUCUGCAUCUGCAGGAAUGACAUUUUGCGCUCUAUAUCUGCUGAUAGAUGUUUACGGUUACCGGUGCAUAACGUUUGUGUUGGAGUGGAUGGGCAUACAUUCUUUAUGUAUUUUCAUAAUUGUAACUUCCAACCUAGCUGUUAUUGCGAUUCAGGGAUUCUACUGGACUGAUCCUGAGAAUAAUAUUGUUCACUGGAUCAUAGCACCUUUUGUGCACAAGUGAAAUGUUUCUUUGGUAUCCAAGGAUGGAUAAAAAUCCUUUGGAUAAUAGUCCUUAAUUCGAAAGCAUUCAUGGGUUGCUUCAUGAUUCUCAUCACAUCAUCUCAUUCUUGCUAGAGAUCUGAAUAUUAGAGUCCAAUUUCUUUCUAUCAUCCAUUUCUACAGCCAAACUAUGUCAGUCUCUCUUGCUCAAACAACCAAGAUUAAUCUUUGACAAUUCAUGCCCUAGGAGCUCGUACAUUCAUUUGACCAUGAAAGAAUCUGUAUCUCAGUGCUUACAUUUGCAGGAAAUUUUGUAGCAGCUAUAUCCAUCAUCUGUAAUUGUAUUACACGUAGAGCCUUGAUAGCGUUUGUAAACUUCAGUAGCUAAGGUCUUCCAGUUCAAAUGGGUACAGUCACAGACUCAAAGGUUCACAGCCUCCCUUGUCACCAUGCUGUGCCAGUAAAUUUCAUUUUGUUUUAUUUUAGAACUUUCAUGUGGAAAUGAAUAGCUCCGGACUUGCACUUUGUUC